UAUCACCAUGGCGGAUGAAUAGUAAAGGUGGCGCUAAACUUUGACAUUCCUGCAAAGUACCCGAAAGCAGAUUCUGUAAAGAUGAGAGGGAUGAACAGUCGUAUAAUAGAGAGCACAACAGAGUUGCAAGAUGUCAAAACAUAACACAUAUGUGAAGGGUUUACUGGAUAGGUGAUGCUACCAGUAUUAUGGUAGUCACUCAGCUCAGUUCAGAAAGAAGGACCCAUCAGAGAUGCAGGCUAGGAACACAUUGUGGCUGUUGGUCCUGCUUGGGAUGUUAUCUUCUUCAGAGUGUGCUCCUACCAUCAGUGGACCUCUGUCCAUCUCUAUUUCUGAGGAAGCUACCAUUGGCAGUUUUGUCACAGGUUUAUUCGACGUGACACCUGGAGAUCCAGCAGAUGUGUUGGUGCACUCGUUGACAGGAAGUGACACUGGCUACUUCGAAAUCAACGCUGCCUCCGGUGUGCUCAGGGUGGUGACAAGACUGGACAGGGACGCAGUUACUGCCAGGACCGUGUUCAAUGACCUGCUGCUGACCGUCACUGACCAGUUGGGGGCUGCGGCCACAGCCAGUCUGACUAUCACCAUCACUGAUCUCAAUGACAACGUGCCCAGCUUCGUACCCACUAUCUACUAUGUGACAUUUGAUGAGAAUACAGCACCAGGUCAGAAUCUGGUGACACUGGUUUGUACAGACCCAGACACCACCCCUGGUAAUGGUGACAUCACUUAUGCCAUCGCAGGAGGGGAUGAUGCCACCCCCAAAUUCACGCUGUCUGCUAACAUACUUCAGACGUCUGCUAACAGCAUAGACUAUGAGGCUUUGUCAGGCCAGGAUUACAUGUAUGAGCUGAUUGUGACGGGUACAGAUGGAGGAGCCCCGCCCAACACUGGAUCUGCCUCCAUCAUCAUACACGUAAACCCGGUCAAUGAUGAUAACCCAGUUUGGGGCAGUUUCUCCCCGGCUUAUAUCAGUGCAACUAGCCCAUAUAACAUCCUGGAGACCAUUGCACCUGGAAAUAAUGUCGUGAUGAUAAUGGCCACAGAUGUUGAUCAUGGUCCAGAUGGUUUAGUCACCUAUUCAGUUGCAGAUAUCUUAGAGAAUGGAGCUAAUUCAGUAAACAAUAUAUUCAGAGUGGACGCAGUGUCUGGUCAGUUGAUGACCAAUGCCUGGUUAGACUGUGACUUGGGCGUGCAGUACUAUGACGUGGUGGUGCAAGCCUCUGACCAAGGCAUCCCAGCCAAGAGCACGCAGCGGUCAAUCAGAAUUGGGCUGCUUGAUGUUAACGACAAUUCUCCCAUGUUCAGCCAGCCUGUAUAUAGACUGCCUGUCAGUGAGGAUGUAACUGUGUCCUCAUCACUCAUGACCAUGCUAGCCACAGACAAAGACCCAUCCUCCAUACUCACCUACUCCAUUGUAAAUGGUAAUGAAGCCUUAAAGUUUAAGCUAGUGGGCGGGGCAGAGCUCCAGUUGCAAAAUGCCAUUAACCUGGACAGGCCCAAUUACGACCCCAUUGAGUAUAAACUGGUUAUUGAGGUGGUGGACGGAGGUAGUCCAGAGUUGACCGCAUCCACCACUGUGGUCAUCACAGUUAUCCCUAGCAAUGAUUAUGCACCAGAUUUCCCAGCCACAACGCAACUUAAUUUUCAGGCACUUGAGUCAUCCCCAAUAGGACAUUCCGUGACAACAGUCUCAGCUGAGGAUUUUGACUACGGAAACCAGGGAGUUGUCUCCUAUUCCAUUUUCUCUGGUGGCUUGGGCCAUUUCACCAUAGGCCGGUCAUCGGGUACGCUCAAGCUGAUAAAGGAGUUUGACUUUGAGGCAUUAGAGGACUCUGUCAAGGAGGUGGUGGUGGUCGCCAGUGAUGGGGGAGGGAGGACAGACACGGUCACAGUCACAGUGACAAUCGGUGAUGUUAAUGAUAACAAGCCAGUGUGUGAGUCCGUGGCCAUGGAAGCUUCUGUGCCAGAGGAUGCUUUCACUGGAACACCUGCAGAUGUGUUCACGCUGAAUUGUACAGAUCCUGAUGCGAUAAACUAUCUCUUCUACGGGGUUCUUAUUGGCGAUCCAAACGCAUUCACCAUAACUGCAAACGGGGUCUUCCAACGAACUAAAGCCCUAGACUACGAGACAGAAACCGGUUACAGGCUUGUGUUGGGCGCAUCCGAUGGGGUUUUCACAGAGCAGAUUCAGGCCAUGGUAAGAAUACUGGAUGUUAAUGAAGAUGUCCCUGCCUUCAGCUCGCCUUCCGUCAGUGUGACAUGGUCAGAAGACACGUCUCCAGCCACAAUGCUCAUCACCUACGUAGCCACUGACAGUGACCCGGGUCUUUUUGGAAUGAUCACUUACUCUAUUUCCACAGUGUCUAGUAGUGGUGCCUCUCUGUUUGAGGUAAACCCUACAUCUGGCAAAAUCUUUCUCCUGAGAAGCCUGAACUACGAUACUUUACCUGCUGGUGAGAAGUACUACACCAUCGUGGUCAAAGCUACAGAUGGAGGAGGCCUCCAGGGAUUGGGCACUGUGAGCAUUAUGGUAACUGAUGUGAAUGACGAUCCUCUAGCCUGUUUUCCUGUCUACAGGCAGCUAUCACUGACAGAAAACACACCUGCAGGUGACUUACCCAAGGCCUUGGAGAGCUCCCUUAACUGCACAGUCAUGGUUGACCUGACCUUUGAACUUACCCAGACCCCACCAGGACUCGAGUUUACCAUAGACAGUGGUUCAGGAGCCAUAAGCUUAGUUAGUGCCCUAGACUAUGAGACAGUGAAGAAGUACACCUUGAUGGUUGUUGUGCAAGAUUCUAGGCAACCCAUGCCUAUGUCCACCACUGUGAUAGUGGUUGUGUUAGUGACUAAUGUGAACGAGGGCCCUCCAACCUUUAUCACUGACUAUGCUGUCUCUGUGUCCGAGUCCGCACCCAUUGGUUUUUCUGUGCUUGACAUCAGUGCAAACGAUCCAGACGAUCCUGACACACCUGAGGGAAAUAUUAUGUAUUCUAUAGUGAUGGGGAACUACUAUGAUCAGUUUGUCAUUGAUCCUUCCUCAGGGAGGAUAAGGGUAAACAAGAAUCUGGACAGAGAGAGCACCAUGCUCUUCAUGUUGCAUGUAAAGGCUGUGGAGGAGGCGACUCUGGCCAGUGCGAUGGCCAUCCUGAAUAUAACUAUAGACGAUGUGAACGACUUGAUUCCACGCUGUACCAGCUAUGUCAUUCAUGCCUCAGUCAGUGAGACUUCCCCUGUAAAUUCGAAUGUCGCCAACUUCCCGUGUCACGACCCUGAUGGAGAAAUCCUCCAGUACACUCUCAUAUCUGGAGACACAGCGAUAUUUAACACCAAUGACGCCAGUCUUAUCCUCCUUUCUACAGUGGACUAUGAGUUCGAGACAAAAUCCUAUGAGGUGACCAUUCGAAUGUCUGAUGGUACCUAUGAGAGAGAUCUUGAAAUAAUUAUAGAUGUGACUCCUGUUAAUGAGGAUUCUCCAGUGUUUAUAGGGAGUGGAAUAUACAGUGUCGCAGUACCAGAAGACACGGCUCCCGGAACACUCUUAAUUCAGGUGUCAGCAGUUGAUUCCGACGAUGGACCAGAUGGCAUGGUAGUCUUCUCUAUGGUUGCACAUUCCAUGUUCCUGCUAGAUGGAGGAACAGGGAAGAUAAUUCUGCAGAAUUACCUGGACUACGAGACAACGUCAUCUCACACAUUGGAGAUCAUUGCAGCUGAUAUGGGAAUCCCUGCCAAAACUUCUACCGCCACCAUAGAAGUAUCUGUGGUUAACCAGAAUGAGGGACCUCCUGUUUUCAACCCCAAAAUAUAUGCUGGGUCAGUGUCUGCGGACAGCACAGUGGGCACAACUGUACUGACCCUGACAGCCUCUGACAUAGAUUCAGGUGUGGAGGGAGAAAUCACCUACAGCCUUCUUUCUGGUAGCACUGGAAAUGUGUUCAGGGUAGAGAAAGAUGGUGCAUCUGGAGAAUGCAAUCUUAUCAUCCAUGACGUGACAACUCUGGAUGAUGACAACCUCUCCUCCUAUGAGCUGAAGGUACAGGCAAGUGAUGGAGGAGGGGGGCUGGCAGAGGCAUCUGUUUUGCUAAGAGUGACAUAUGUGAAUGAGUUUGCUCCUGUUUUCAUCCCACCUGCCAGUACAAACUUUUCUCUGGCAGAGUCAUCUCUUAGUGGUACCACUUUGGUUGAGCUGCAAGCUACAGAUGCUGAUGCUGGACUGGACGGGGAGAUCACAUAUUCGCUGACAUCAGGACAUAUGUGGAGGUUUACUAUUGAUAGAUUCACUGGUGUUGUGUCAGUCAUUCAUGAGUUGGACAGAGAGACUGUGCCGUUGUACAUGCUGGAGGUGUUAGCCACAGACAGGGGUGUGAGUCCAUCUACACUUUCGGCCACCUUGUCUUUGACUGUUCAUGUGACUGAUGUUAAUGACAUGAUACCAGUGUGUACGAUGCCUAGCUUAAUCGUGACCACACCAGAAAACACAGCUCUGUCAACCUCUAUAUACCAGCUGUCUUGUACUGAUUCGGAUGAAGAUGGACCUAACAGCGAGUUAACCUAUGAUAUAUUUGCGGGUACAGGCAAAGGACACUUCUCAGUGGACAGUACUACAGGGCAGAUCACUACGGCAUCUAUGUUUGACCAUGAAUCAGAGAACCAAUACUUUCUGUCAAUUAAUGUGUCUGACCAAGGAACACCCAGUCUUUAUAAUUUGUUGAACAUGAAAGUUCUAAUUACAGAUGUGAAUGACAAUGAUCCUCAGUUUUGUUGUUCUCCAUACACUGUGGCUGUUUCUGAAGAUAUCCCUAAUAAUGAACCAGUUUUGCAGGUUGAAGCCACAGAUUUGGAUUCUUAUCCAGCUGGUAAAGUGCUGUAUAGUAUGCUGUCUGGAAAUGCAGGCAAUAAAUUUUCCAUAGACGUUUUUGAUGGAGUGAUAGUGACUAGUGGUCAGUUGGACAGGGAGUCUAUGGAUUCCUAUUCUCUGGUAAUUCUGGCCAAAGAUGCUGGUGUGCCGAGCAGGAGUGCAAGUGCCACUGUUAUUAUUGAAGUGAAUGAUGUAAAUGACAAUGCCCCUUCCUGUCCUGCAUCUAUUUAUAAUGCAUAUGUAGAUCGUAAUGUAUCUUUGCCCCACUCUAUAUUGACAAUCUCAUGCUCAGAUAUGGAUGAGAACAACUCUGUGACGUACUCCCUGGUGACAGCAGGCAUUCCAUUUUCCAUAGAUAGCAGCACAGGAGAGUUGAUUGUAUCUGAGGACCUGAGCAACCCCCCUAUCAUUGAGACCUACUACGUCAAUGUGAGUGCGUCUGAUGGACUCCUGUUUAGCAACAUCCUAGUGAUUAUUGAGGUGUUCACGUAUAUCAAAGUUGAGGAUCCCCCAGUGUUCACACCUGCAGGGCCUGUCAAUGUUAGCUUCACUGAGACGACAGUACGAGGAACCAUGGUAACCCAGGUAACUGCCAUGGCCGUGCCUUCGACCCACAUCCUCAGCUUCUCUAUUACUGCUGGAAAUGCUGGCAAUGUGUUUGAAAUGAAAAAUUUAUCGGGGAUUAUACAAACGAUGAAACCUGUAGACUAUGAGAGCCAAGCAGUGUAUGAGUUGGAGGUGACGGUUGUGGACAUCUCUUCGUCAGAAUUGUUCUCCGCCUCCACUACUGUCAUUGUAAACAUUGUGGACACGAAUAAUUAUCCACCAGUGUGUAACCCUAAUGAGUUCACAACCAAGAUUCCAGAGAGCUACAGUGGAACACUUCUAACUAUCACUUGUACUGAUGGGGACAGUUCAUCUGUCCUGACAUAUAGUAUUUUAUCAGCAAACGACAGUUUUUCUAUUGACCCUAACACAGGUGAACUGUCUACAGCAGGCACAUUGGAUUAUGAAGAUACAGCGACCUAUGAUAUAGUUGUGGAAAGCACUGAUGGAGAAUUUUCCUCUUGGGUUUUAGUGAGAGUAACUGUUGAACCAAUCAAUGAGCAUCCACCUGUGUUUCCUGUGAGUGCCUACCGCUAUAUUACUGCUGAGGACACACUCCCUGGCACUCCCCUGCUGUUUGUCAUGGCUACUGAUCAAGAUGUUGAAGAACAUGGCACUCAGCGCUAUUCUAUUGUAGGUGGAAACGAAGAGCAGAAAUUUAUGAUAGACAGUGUAUAUGGUGUAGUGACUCUUUUUAAAAAGCUUGAUCGAGAACAAGCAGAGAAUUAUACUCUAAUUGCACGUGCUGUUGAUUGCAAAGGCGUAUUAAUACCAGAGUCCCUUACCGCAACUAUCCCUGUAAUAAUUUUUGUGACUGACAAAAAUGAUAACUUCCCAAAGUUCACACCGAAGUCCUACAUGGUGAAUGUUUUAGAAACUGCUCCAGGUGGAAGUAUAUUACUGACAGUCACUGCAACUGACGAUGACCCUGAGGAAAAUGGCCGGCUGACUUUCUCCAUAGUAAGUGGUAAUGACGAUGCAAUCUUCAAUAUGACUGGGAGGAACCUGGUAAUGAAUCUAGGGAGCAGCCUGAGCUAUGAAACCAGACCUUUUCAUUUUCUUGUUGUGGAAGCCUGGGAUAAUGGCAUGCCUCCUCUAUCUGCUCAAGCCACAGUCACUGUUGCUGUGAACUUAGUGAACAAGUUUCCCCCAAUUAUGGUGACAAACUCCUCCGUUACAAUAGCGGAAGACACACCCAUUGGGACUGUCAUUUUCACUGCCUCUGCCACAGACAAUGAUACAGCCACCAGUGAUAACAUAGUCUACUCCAUCAUUACUGACAGUACACCUGCAUCACCUUUCUUCAUCAGUUCACUGACAGGCAAUGUUCAGGUUUCAUCCGCUCUUGACUUUGACACAGGACCAACAGUGUAUGUUCUGGAAAUUCUUGCCCAAGAAAAUCAUGGUUCUGGGACUGCUUUCUCAACUACUACAACACUCAGUGUUACACUUACUCCAGUGAAUGACCACACCCCUGUUUUUCAGUCCAAUAAGUGGUCCUUUAUGUUUGCGGAGAACAUAAAUGCGUCCAUGCCCAUAGGGACAGUUGUGGCAACAGAUGGUGACAGUGGUCCAAGUGGAAACAUUACUUACACUAUAGUGGUGGGAAACACCACUCUCUUCUCUGUAGAUGGUACCAAUGGUGAAAUCAAAGCUGUUUUGCCUGGAGAUGCAGCCUAUAGGCUUCAGAAAUAUUUCUCUCUGAUGAUCAGUGCCACGGACGCAGGAUCUCCACCCUUGUCUUCUGACACUGUUGUGCUCCUGACAGUAAUAGAAAGUAAUCUAGCCCCUGUGUUUCCCCUCAGUGAUGUUGGGGCGUUUGUAUCUGAGUUUGAUGCUAUAGGCACACAGGUAUUGGUUCUGUAUGCAGAUGACUCAGAUUCCGGUGACAAUGGAUUGGUAUCCUACAGCCUCUUUAAUACUACAGCUUUUACCAUUGGCUCCUCGUCUGGAGUGAUAACAACAGUAACAGGCUUUGACAGGGAAACAAAAGACAUCUACGUGUUUGGGGUGAUGGCAGAAGACCACGGAUCACCUCCUCUAUCAGACAACUGUACUGUCACGGUAGUGGUAAAUGAUGUCAAUGAUAACCGACCUGUUGUUAAAGGCAUUUAUAACUUUGCCAUACCAGAAGAUUCCACGCCAGGUAUUGCUGUUACUAAAAUCAAUGUCAGUGAUGCAGACAUUAUGGAAAAUGCAGCUUUGAACUUUGAGAUAACCUCAGGUAACAGUGACAACUUCUGGGCACUAGAGAGAGACUCAGGUGUGUUAAAGUUGGUAAGACAGGUGGACUAUGAGACGGUCGACUUCUACUCCCUUGUGGUCCGUGUCAGGGAUAAGGGCGAUCCGCCAUUGAGUACCUUCUUGCCUGUGACAGUUACCAUUGAGGAUGUGAACGAGUUCUCACCUGUGUUCAGUUCUAGCAACUACAGUUUUGUCAUCAGUGAGAAUACCUUACCUGGCUCAUCGGUAUGGCAGAUAACUGCUACCGAUGAGGAUGCAGGAAUAAAUGCUGAAGUGGAGUAUACUCUGGUUGACAUCUUGACGGGGGUAUCAGACUUCACUGUGGAUUCCAUAAGAGGAGAUGUGCUGUCUGUCAACCCAUUAGACCGGGAAACACUGGAUAAUUAUGUUCUUGUAUUCCGUGCCUCUGACAAGGGAGUUCCUAAACUCUACAGUGAUGUUCAGGUGAAUAUUACAAUAACUGAUAUCAAUGACAAUUCACCUAUGUUAACUGUUGCCCUCAGUGGGUCUGUGAUGGAGAACUGUGCCAUAGGCACUAGUCUAUUACAGGUACAAGUAUCUGACAGUGACUUGGGACUGGGUGGCAAGGUGGUGUUGUCCAUUAUGACAAGCACCAGUGAAGGCGCGAGGGCAGAUCAACUGGUGGCAGUGAAUGCCUCCACAUUACUGGUCACAACCAAGUCAGACAUUGACAGAGAGACUGAUCCAACCUUGGACUUUGUGCUGGUGGCCAGAGACCAGGGAACCCCAUCUUUGAGUUCAUCAACAGAAAUUCACAUCUCUGUCAUGGAUGAGAAUGACAACCAUCCUGUGAUGAACAAGCAAUUUGACAGUCUAGAAGUAGCGUUUGAUGGAAAGUGCACAGAGGUGAUCACUAGCGUCUCUGCUACAGAUGCAGACCUGGGCCAGGCAGCUUCUGUCAGCUAUUACACGAAUGACUCCAGCGACCCCUUCUUCAUUGAGGAGAUUUCAGGGGAUGUACGGCUGAUAGGUCUGGCCUAUGCUGGUGCAACCUACGUACUGGAAAUUUAUGGUGUAGACAAUGGUAGUCCUGCCCUGGCGUCCCUCACACCAACGGUGUUAAGAAUUGAUGCCCUUGACCUCUCCGCUGAUGCCGUGUCUUUUGCCUUGUUAAUCAGCAGGGACUACUACUUGGCACAUGAGGACAGCUUUUUGAGCAAUCUCACAGCUGUGAUCAAGUCUAAAUACCAAAAUGCUGUUGUUAAACGAUGGUGUAUUGAGGAAGUUGAGGGAUCAUCCUCUAACCUUGCUCAGAGGCGGCGACUGUUAAGUGCUGGAAUGAACCCAAUUAUGGUUCACGUUUAUGUCCUCGAAGAUGGUUCCCCAGAUUCCUUGGAAGAAAAGAAGAAAACACUAAGUAGUGAAAAGGUCCUUAGUUUGGUGGUGAAUGACUUUGAUGGUUCUCUGUUGCCAGAGUUGUCAGGUGGUGACUGGGAUAAUUUUGGGAUAUUCCAGGUGGUUCCCUACAAACUACUGCCCUCAUCAAAAUUAACUUUUGAUGUCCUCACUAUAGGCUGCUCUAUUGUUGGUGGCCUCCUCUUCCUUGUCGUCACUGCUACCAUCUUCUACUGCUCCAUGGUACCACUGCCAAAUCGGUAUGGACCCAGUUAAAUGGCUAGAUAAAUGGGUGUGAUCGCUUAACAUUUUCCUUCAUACACAAGCCGGUUCCUGACUGUGUAGGACUGCAAAUUAAUGUCUAUUGGACAUGAUCACUCAACAUUUCCAACUUAUACAAGGCGGUUCCAAGCUGUGUAAAACACAUUAUUUUAUGUUACUACCUCUUGCUUUACAUGCAAAACUGUACAUAAAGAGUGGCAUAUUGUAGAAAUAAUAAAAGAGUACACAUCUUGGACUGACUUGUUUUUGGCUCAAUAGUACUACACAUAAUGUUCACAAUAUUUAAGGCUAAUUUCGUGAAUUUGAUUGAUCACGUCCCUCAAAUAUUAAGAUGUGCCAUAAUAUAAUUUUUACAUCAGAUAUACACUACCAGGACAUUUAGUGAUAAACGUUAAGGGGUUUUGUAUU